AUGGGUCAUUUAAUGGUGAUGCGAUUGAAGAUUAUAAAGAGUCCUCUGACCCCACGAGACAUACAAUCCGAAGCCUCGAUACAGGAUCCCACCUGGCUACCGAGCGACCGUUCCCACCCCAAAGACAAGAGAAAGAGAAACACCACGUUAACCGAGUCGGUAUUGGGGGCCCAGCUCACAAAGCGAAUCAGACGUCCAAAUCUACCUGCACAGAAAGUCGCGAGGAAAGGGUUCGAAAUCGGUACCUCUGACUAUGAGCAAUUGCAAGGCUUGUACCACAAUAUGAUGCAGUGGUCGACUGUGUCUGAGACUGUGGCAUUUUCUCAGUCUGCCCAAGAGCAAGCCCCGGCGCCGGUCGUUGUGGAAAAUCCUACUCUGCUGUAUCGAGAGGAGUCAUUACAAUUUGUGUCUUUCGAUCAAAAAGCACGAGCCCUGGAGGUCGUCAUACGCGAGAUAGAGGGCGGUUAUCGAAAACGCCUGGAAUCCCUCCGAAAAGACGACCUUAAGUACUUUGUCUAUUCGGAUACCUGCGAGGAUACUAUUUUCUCUCAUAUCUUCGACAAACUGGAGGAGACUUGCACCCGGCAAUCUUCCAUUUCGCGAAAGAAUGGACACUCCUCCGAAACAGCAAACUUGAACACAACCGUGGAUUACGAUGGUAAGAGAUGGGAAUUCAAAUCUGUACAGAAGAAGGCCGAGACGUUAGGAACUGCCCUUGGCGAAGUGGUGGAAGCGAUUGUCAAGUGGAUAGACUUGAUCAAGCAGGUCGACGUUGGGCAGCGUACCGAUCGGGUCAAAAGAUCGGAAGAAAGGAAACUCCCGAGGUACUUCGCGGGUGACUUCCUUCCUCGUAUUAGGCUCUCCCUCCAGGAAAAUGGUGCUAGGGCUCUCCGGUAG